UCCCCUCUUUCUCUCUAACAUGAAAAAGUUGUCGAAGAUAUUCUCAUUCUGAAAAGUCAGCGUCCCUUUCUCGUUUCAUCAACCAUUUUUUGUUCUUCAUAAAUCAUCUUCUUUUUUCCCCAAGAGAAUAAUUCAACAUCACUGAUCAUCACUCUUUUCCGAUAUAUCCACAAAAACUCGAUCGAGAAUUAUAAUCGAACUUAUAUAUGUACCUGAUUCCAAAUCAUUUUUCCUAAUUACUUUUGCUUUAGGUUUUGGGAUUUCUAAUUAUUUUUCUGUGUAUAUAUAAUACCUAUAUAUACAUAAACACGCAUCAUACAUACAUAUUAUGUGCAGCGUCUUUGAGUUACUAAACAUGGACAACUUCCAAGGAGACCUAACAGACGUCGUACGAGGAAUUGGUUCAGGACACGUGUCAUCUCCAGGGCCACCGGAAGGUCCAACUCCGAGCAGCAUGUCUCGCCCGCCAACGUCAGAUCUCCACGUAGAGUUCCCCACCGCCGCUGCUUCUGCCAGCUGUCUCACAAAUCCCUUUGGCGACCCGUUCGUAAGCAUGACGGAUCCUCUCCUCCACCUCGCGGCCAACUCCGGUUUCUUAUCCGGUGCCGGAGAUAACGAGAGCAACAACAGUUUUGCAGUCUUGCCAAAGGGUUUUGAGGAUGACCAAAUUACGAGUCAAUGCAGUGUCUUCCCAAGAAUCCGGAUCUCGCAAAGCAAUAUCAUCCAAGAUGCAUCCACGUGUAAUUCACCGGCCAUAGCCGUCUCCAACGCCCCAACUUCGCCGUGGGGGAUGAUCAGCGUUGAUGCCACUAACAGUCCAAGAAACUGUUUACUAGUCGAUAAUAGUAACAACAUGUCAUCAGCCUCACAGAUUCAGAUCUCCUCUUCCCCUCAGAAUAUUGGCAUAAAGAGAAGGAAGAGCCAGACAAAGAAAGUGGUGUGCAUACCAGCUCCAGCGGCGAUGAACAGCCGGUCCAGUGGAGAAGUGGUUCCGUCUGAUCUAUGGGCUUGGCGAAAGUACGGUCAAAAACCCAUCAAAGGUUCUCCUUAUCCAAGGGGUUACUACAGAUGUAGCAGCUCAAAAGGUUGUUCAGCUAGGAAACAAGUCGAACGUAGCCGCACUGAUCCAAACAUGUUAGUCAUUACUUACACCUCUGAACAUAACCAUCCAUGGCCCACUCAACGCAAUGCUCUCGCCGGCUCCACUCGUUCCUCUUCCUCCUCCUCAUCAAACCUUUCUUCCAAAUUCUCAACCGCAACCGCAACUACGUCUCCCUCAUCCAGAUUCUCCCAAAACAAUAAUAACAAAGAUGAACACAAUAAGUCCCACUUGCCUUCCUCUUCCACUCCUCCUUAUGCGGCCGCGGGGGUUAAAGAGGAGAAGGGGGAGGAGCGCCAUGACAAUAUGGAGUUCGAUAAUGACGUUGAAGAUACGUAUAGACCGGAGUUGUUGCCCGAGUUUCAACAUCAGCCGGAGGAUUUCUUCGCAGAUCUUGACGAGCUUGAGGGAGACUCUUUGAAUAUGUUGCUAUCUCACAGUAGCGGCGGAGGCAACAUGGAUAACACAUCGACCAUUCCCGACGUUUUUAGCGAUUUCUUUGAUGACGACGACUCCUCAAGGUCCUUAUAAAUAUUCUAAUUAUGUAAACAUAGAAUUAUAUUAUUCUUGUGAUACGAUUGUACGAAAUGACGUAUUAGUCCUAGCGUAUACCACGGUCGCCGAGUAGCCAAUUAAGAGAAUUCAAGUCAUUUACAAUUCAUUUUUUUAGAUGAGAUCCAUCUAGUUCACUAAAACUCCAUUGUA